UUAUUAACUUCCCCUUCAUUCCCACUCCUUCCUUCCUUUCACUCCUACCCCUUCCUUCCUGUAUAUUAUAUACUGUACUAUUCCAUUGAAAUCUUUUCAAUUUUCUUCUUUUUUUUUUACUUGUCCAGAAGGCGUCGCUUGGUGUUGGCCAAGCGUCGUCGUCGUCGUCAUCUCAGGAAAAUGGACAAUCCAACCGCCAUUGUUCCCUAUCAUGACCCUUUUGAUGAUGAUUCUUCUCUUGUUCAAAUUUCACUCUUUGAUGAUGAAAAUCCAAUCAUUGACGGCCCAUGGGACAAUGAACCUUUUUCACUCUUUCAUGAAAAUCCACCAAUUUUGAUUUCUGAUAUUGGUGUCUCCAACACUGAUCCAAUUUUGCUUCAAUGUAGUAAUUAUUUGGUUGGGAAUAGUACCACAAAUACUGAGGGUGGAGUUCCGGGGACUAAUUACUGUAGUACUUCGCAUAAUUGCCAAAUUUUAAGAGAAAUCACUCAUUCCGAUGGCUUGCAAAUAUCUAAGCUUGACAUUUAUGGAACACUAGGAAAGAUCAGUCAUGCAGUUCUUGAGAAAUACACAAUGGAUUUUUCUUCUCAAACCCAUAAGUCAUCCCAGAUAUUUGAUUUUAGCAAUGACAGUACAAACAGUGUGAAGCAAUUUUUAGUUCAUUAUUUUGAGGCUUGUAAGAGUGAAGGUUACAUUGUGCUGCUAGACCCACUAUGCAAUUUCUAUGAAGCUUUAGGUGUUGGAUCUGAUGGUGGUGACUGUUUUGACAUUGAUAGUCUACUUCAAUUAUCUCCAACAACUUCUCGUGAUUUCAAAAUGGACCAGCAAGAAAAGAGAAAUGAAAGUGAAGACAAUAACAGUGACGUGAGACAUGAAAAGAUCUCCCUUUCAGCACAGAGGGAAAGAACUGGAAAGUUGAGAUUGAAAGACUUUGCAGGGUAUCUCCAUCUUCCCAUUGAGAUAGCAGCUAAGAAAUUGAACAUAUGUCCUACUGUGAUGAAGAAGGUUUGCCGAAGGGAUGGCUUGUCGAGAUGGCCCUACAGAAAGAUUAAUAGCAUUCAGAGGAAGAUAUCACUUAGAGAAAAGUGUUUAAGCUCUAAUCAUGUUGAAGAAAGGGCGAGUGCAAAGGCAGCCAUUGCGAAGCUGGAGCAGGAACUUGACAACAUUUUUGAAGCAUUUAGUAACUAAGUUGAUGACUUUUCCUUCACUGAAAUCACAUAGCUUUCUUAAAAAUUACUAGUAAUGUUCAACCAGUUUUGUGUCCACAUAUUUAGCUUAUUACUAUUAAUUUAUAUUGUAUUUAUAGUUUGAAGGCAGAUCUAAAUGUACAAAAUGAGCUAUAUUGUAUCUAUACUGAACAUAGGAGAUUGAAAGUCUCAUAUUUAUUCCUUAUCCAGAUUUUUUAUAUAGUGAAGUUUGAUAUAUG